AUGAGACCAUGCCGACAGAUUCAACAGAGGCCCCUAGGGCCCGAAACACCCGCGCCGGCUUCCAAACGUCGGCGCGUCGCUGUCGCCUGCGAUGCGUGCCGCACGCGCAAAUCUCGAUGCGAUGGGACUAGGCCGCGGUGCUCGCUGUGUCGGGACUUGGGCUUCGAGUGUAUCUAUACGCCGCCUACGACUGCGACGAAUGUAAUUGUGCAGAAGGAUUAUUUACACGGACUGGAGGAGAGGGUUAAGAGGCUUGAGGGGUUGUUUUCGGGGGUACGGGAGGAGAUUGAUGGACUCAGUGAAAGGAUUGACGGGCAGGUUGGGGAUUUAAGGGAUGUUCCUGAGGGUGAGUUGGAGGUGCACAAUACUGGUAAUGGGGAUGCUCGGGUAGAGAAGCGAAGGGUGCAGGUCCAGGUUCAUGUUCCUGAUUUGAUUGGGACGGAGGACUCGGUUGAUGGGAUGGGUGCGGUGACAUUAGCUGAUGAGGAGGAUUCCGGAUUCUUUGGACCAUCAUCUAAUAUCGCCUUCUUGAGACACCUUUCUCGCGCUGUUGUUCAACAGGGGUACCUUCUUUCGCCUGGGACCGCCGAGGGAGGGUUUGUGAGUGCUUCACGGCCACCAUCUCCGCCACGGCGACUGUCUGGAGAUAGGAAACCUCAGGUCAAUAUCUUUUCAUUGCCGCCUCGGUCAGAGACACUGGAAAUGAUCCAAAGAUACUUUUCAAACACUGGAUUGCUGUUCCCGUACAUAUAUCCACCUAUCUUUCUUGAGACAUAUCACCAAAUGAGUCGGGAGAACUUCACCAAGGUGCGAAGAACCUGGCUUGGUUUGUUGAAUAUGGUAUUGGCCAUGUCGAGCAUGACUGCGGUAACUGGUGGUGCCAAAGCGGACGUGCGGAUAGCGGAGUCGGAUAUUUUCUAUGAGCGCGGCCUUGGUCUUUGUGGCAACGAGAUUCUUCGAGGAACUACUUUGGAAGUUGUUCAAUUUCUCCUCCUGAUGGGCCAGUAUCUCCAAGGCACGCAAAAAUCAGUGCAGGCGUGGACUGUUCACGGCUUAGCCGUAAAGGCUGCUCUUCAACUUGGAUUACAUUCUCGAAACGCCUCCAGGUCAUUUUCAACUGUCGAGCAGGAAAUCCGAAAACGCACUUGGUAUGGGUGCGUGGUGUUGGACAGAACAUUGAGUAUGACCUUCGGGAGACCUGCCGCUAUCCCAGAUAACUAUGUGAAACUCGAUUUGCCUUCGAAGCGAGAUUUUGAUGAAUCCUCUACUCUUGUGAAUGACGAAACAUCGUUCCUCAGCGUGACAUUCUUCAACUCGACAAUUACGCUCUAUAAGCAACUCUGGAAUAUUUUGGACCUUCUAUACGGCCAAAACAUCGGGUGCGAUGCCCCUCUCCCAACUACAGAAAUAAUAUCCAAUAUUUUCUCUUUGGAACAACAGCUGUUCUCAUGGGAAAGAUCCCUGGACCCAAAUCUCCAACUCAUUUCCACAUCCCAACUCGGCGGGAUACCUCAAGACCCAAUAACCGCCAGCUUUGAAUAUUUCUCCUGGAAAUUUCGUGUUAUAUUAACUCUGCGGUAUUUCAAUUUGCGAGUCUUGCUCCACCGACCCGUUUUAGUCAAAUUCAUCGCGGCAAGCAGAUCUCAAAACCGAGACUCGCAGGAUCUCAAACUUUUGCAGCAGAUGGGGAUGAAUAGUAUGCAGAUCUGCAUUGAAUCUGCAAUGGAAAUCAUCGGCAUUGUGCACGGUGUUGUCGCUGAGCCUGGCUGGAAGCAUAGUCUCCUGGGGGCUUGGUGGUUCUCUUUAUACUACACAUUUAACGCUGCGUUAGUGAUCAUCGGUGUUAUUUGGGUCUAUCGCGACGAAAGUCUAAGCACGACUUCAAUAACCGCGCAAGCAAAGAAAGCAGAAGCAUAUCCUGGCCUUGCGGCGGAGGCACUAUCCAAGCUCGAUGAUGGAAAUCGCUUGGUUGACCGCUGCAGGUAUUAUCUUGAACAAUUCAACCAGGUUUUGGUUAACUCUGCAGAACCAGGUAUCAAUGGGGCAGUGCCCCCUUUCCCAUCUCUUAAUAGCGCUCGAGGAACCUUACCUCCUGCUGACUUUGGCCUAUCCCCAUUUGGAAUGGAACUUGGGGAGUUCAUGAUGGACGAUGAUCUUGUUGCCAUGAUAGAUAGACAGGGGAUUUUUUCGAUGGAGCCAGGGUCAGCUUACAAUCCAUGA